AUGGCCGUGUCAAUGCUGCGGAUGGCGGCAGUGUUGGCAGCUGCGCAUGCCGUGUCGGGGUUGGACCGACCCUUGUACGGCAUCGACUACGAUACCCGAACGUCUGAGUGGGGUGGGUGUAAGAGCGACGAUGCGAUUCGAAACGACUUCCGCGUGUUGAAGACAAUCACGUCCAGUGUGCGAAUCUACACGCUCACGGACGGAUGCGCCGAUCGAUUGCUCAACGUCGCGUCGGAAGUCGACAUGCGCAUUUGGUUGGGGAUAUGGGGCAAUGUAAACGCGACACAGGACGCAUUUGAGCCUGAAUUCAAGACGUUGCAGCGAUUGGUGUUGGCCCGCCGCGUCCGCAACGACAACGUGGUCGGGAUCCACGUCGCCAGUGAAGCGCUCUUCCGGUACUACUCGCAAGAAAAGCACGACUGGGCUGAAGAAUACUCGGGCGUGCAAAAGCUGUUUGGGUACGUCGACAAAGUGCGCUCGUUCUUGCGCGCGCAAAACUUGGCGUUUCCCGUCACGAUCGCCGACGUCAUGGACUCGUACAAUUCGGUGCCGGAGAUUUACAACAUCGUGGACGUCGUGUCGGUAAAUCAGUUCUCUCAAUGGGAAGGCGUGCUGGCCACCGACGGCGUAAACGUGCUCUUCGAGCGCAUGGUGGAUAUUCAGCUCGCCGCGCGGAAAGCUGGCAAGGUCGUCGUGAUCUCCGAGACGGGAUGGAGUGCGAACGGCACGGUCGCGGCCAUCAAGGAAGCCACCCCCGAGUCGUCUGCGACAUUCCUCCACGACUUUAUGCGGUACACGGAGCAACAAAACAUUGCGUACUACUACUUUACGUCGUUCAACCUGGCGUGGGACGGCAACUCGGACUUCGGCGAGAUCGAGCAGAACUUUGGGCUGUUUGACGAGCACCGGAACCUGCUGCCCCACGUGAAGAACGUCACGUUGGGUGCGUACCACAAGCCCGUGCGCCUGUGGCACCAAGGUCGCGUCGUCAAGGCAGACGGACCAAACACCAAGACAUUCGGCCGUGUGUACUUGGACGUGCCGGCGCGCGGCCUCAGUGACUCGCUGGAUCGAGAAAUUUGGUUCUACGACCCAGACGUCGGGUCAUUCCGAAGUCGCAGCACCAACCAGUGCCUCGUGGCCAACCAGACGGAAAAUACACUGCAUGUCACGUGGUGCCAUCCCAUGACACACGCUGCCCAGCGCUGGCGAUUCCAGUCCAGCACGCCGACAACUUCGCCGCCUACCACAACAACCACGACUAUCACGCCUCGUCCAACGACCACCACGGCCGCGCCAGCCGCGAUCAACCCCAAUUGCGGGGAAUGCGACAAUUGCCAGUACUCGACGCCGUACUACUCGCUGUGCUAUGCCAACUGGAGCCCCAUCGACUGCGGCCGAAUGGGCUCGACGCAUCACUGGUGCGGCCCUGUGGACGGACGGCGACUCACUUCGAAAGACACGGACACCCCCAUCGCAGUGUUGAAACACCAAGUGGCAGGCCGUCACCGCUCGCUGUUGUCGGCAGAUACAACCCACGAUGAUUUCGUCGGCAUGCUGGCAUGGGAAGGCGUGUCGAAUGCGGACGACGUGCCACUGUGCAUGCGUGCCAAGACAGACGAGUUUGGUGUCGACGUCGCGCCAUGCGAUUCCAGCGCAGGCGGGUUCUCUUUCGCCGUCCGCCCCCUCGACGCGGAAGAGAUCACAGUGCAAUCGCUUGACUCGGGGCUCCUUUUAACGGCCACCCCCAACGUAUUGGGGGUCACGGUGGCCGCCCCCGCGACGGACAAAGCCGUCCACGAUGCUAACCAAGUCUGGUACUACGACCCGCUCCUUCAGCGCAUUCGGUCGAAUGCGUACACGAGCUACGACACGUGCUUGGACAUUGUGGCCGACGGGCAGGUGCAGGCCCGCGGGUGCGAUCACAGCCCAAGCCAGGCGUGGUCGUAUAAUGACUUGACGGGCCAAGUGCUGUCGAUGGGCAAGUUGGGGCGGUGCCUGGUGACCGGGACUGGCACUGCAGACGCUGCAAUCGACUUUUGCGACGUGUCGAAUCCCCGUCAAAAGUGGGCGUUCAACUUGGUCACGACCGCGGUGCCUGACGUUGACUUCACCCACCUCCCUCCGAUCCCCACGACGACGGAAGCACCGACGACCACCGUCGAGCCGACAACGUCGACCGUCGCUCCCACCACGACCAUCGCGACCACUGUGCCACCAACCGCGACGGCAGCGACCACCACAACACCUGCCCCAUCCACGACGACUCAAGAACCGCCCGUGCGCGAGUUUGUGUUCGUUUCGCAUUCCAAGCACCGAGUCAUUGCACGCCGACCCCCUGCGACAACCUCGACUGGUGCUCCUGCCCGAGUGUAGCAGCCAUGCGACCCAUCCAACCCUCCCUGCUAACCUCUUUGAUCUGUCCCCCCAUUGAGUGAAUAUAUAUACCCCAUAGCCUCGCCU